GAGAAGAAAAUAGUGCCAGAAGAUCUAGAGAGCGAUAAUCGAGAUGUUGCCGACUUGUGGAAGCAGGCUCUUCAGCAGUACAGAGGUAUCGUGGGCUUCGACUUGCAGCCCAAAUUCAACAAUGUUCAGGCUAUGAUAGAUUUCGGCACGAAUGAAAUGAAUGCUUUUCACAAAUUUCGGCACAACAGCAAAAAGGUUGACAAACUCCGUAGCCUUUUUGCUGCUAACAUCGAUUACAUUGAGAAAGGCGCUCAACAGCUCAUCAGCGCUGCCGUUCCUGCAUUUCCUCCGGCGGCUGCUAUUGGCACGGCCAUAACAUAUCUUCUUUCUGCUUGUAAACAAGUCUCAGCAGACUACGAUGUGGUCGUUGUGUUCUUCGACGAUAUGAAUAGCUUUUUAGAGCGUGUUGUCAUCUUGGAGACUCGUCUUCCAUCGCAUAAAGCCUACCAGAACUGUCUCAUGGACGUCUUUACGUCCUUCUUGACCUUGACUGGCUAUGCGCACAAGUACAUAGAACUUGGCCGAUUUAAGAAAUGGAUCACCAAUUUGAUUGGAGGCGAAGAUAGCGAUUUGGGUGGUGCCCGAAAAAAGAUGGAUAAAGAUCUCACCCGGCUGCAAAAUGCUACCGAGUUUGCCAUCCUGGGCAACAGCGAAGAACUUAAAAAAAUGAAUGCUGAGCUACAGAACAAUCAGGUAGCACACACCAGAAUGCUUGAGGAGCAGAAAGAAAUCAUGUUCUCUAUUAGUCAAGAUACUGGGAGUAUUCGCAGCGACGUCGCGAAGCUGCUAAAGGCGUUUACGGAGCAGAACGCAAAGCACGACCACAAAGGGAAGCCAUCGACUCAGGAUGCGGGGAAACCAGCAUCCGCUAAUCGAGUGCGAAACAGAAUGCCAGAUGUCGAAGGAGAUGGCCAUGAAUACACUAUCCUGAAGGAGACUCUGAUCCCAGACACUUGUACAUGGGUCUUUUCCCAGCAAGAAUGGGAAGACUGGAUAAAACAGGAUGAAGAUGUCACUGUACUGAAGCCAGUUCUUGCUUUAACAGGACAACCUGGUACUGGUAAGAGUCAUCUAGCUGCGUCGAUGCACGACAAGCUCAGCACGUUCGCUAGGGACGACUCCACCCAACGCACCUGCGUCGCGCACUUUUACUUCCGAGAGCAACAUAAAGAUUUAAAUUUAUUCCGAAGCGGAGUAAUUACUACUAUCAACCAGGUAGUUGAGCAGAGUGUGCCACUCUGCGAGAGGAUCAACGCAGAAAUGGUCCGUGACGAGGUUUUUUAUAAUGUCUUUGAAUGGAAGGACUUACUGCUCAAAAUCCUCGGGCCAGCCUUCAGCAAGGACUCUCCAAACCGUCUUUUCGUCUUAUUUGAUGGGCUGGAUGAACUUUUAGAUUUCCCUCAAUUUCUUGAAUUCGUGAAACUCGUCAGAGAGGAGAAGUUCAGAAUAUCGAUUGUUGUGACGUCUCGUCCCGACCUUCUGCAGAAACUAUCAGAGCAGGCCGAGGUUGACACUAUUGAAGUCACAAAAGAGAAGCAAUUGCAGGACUUCAAGACACUCAUAUGGCAUCGGAUCAACGAUUUGAGCUAUCUCAAGAAAUUUACACGUUACGUCCAGCAGAGAAUUGCAGAGAAGGUGGAAGAGGCGUCACCUAACCUAUUAUAUGCUGAGCAUAUGCUGAAGAGACUCAAUGCACUCGGCCGUGAAGGCGCUGCUCUUCAGGUGCUUGCGCGUCCAAUGCCAGAGACUUUGCACGGCGUAUACGAGAUCAUGUUGGACGAAUGCCAGCGCCGAAUGCCCGCUGCCCGCCAACAAAUUGCUUCCAAGCUGCUCCAUUGGAUUGCCUUCUCAUAUCGUGUCCUGAGCCUCGACGAAGUAACCUCGCUGCUGGUCUAUCUAUCUAAAGAUGACAGCUUUACUCUUGAGGAAAUUCCUGAAGUUGCAUCCAAGUUUCUCCAAAUUGGAGACCCCGCCUUUGAAGCUCAAUCACGAGAAAUGGCUCACCGAGAUACUUCUACCGGCUCGAUUGAAGACCUUGAAAAGGCAGAAACAGCAUCUGAUAACCAGGAUGGCAACUACAAUGAUGGCGCUCUACCUGUCAAGUUCAAAGAGAGGUCAAUGCGUGCGUUCUUCAGGGACGCCUCCGAUGUGAACUCCGAAUGGCAUUUGAAAGCAUCAGAAGCACAUCGUCAGAUAUUUUUGGCCGGUGUUGAUCUCGUCAAGCCGGAACCUCUGGGACCAGGCCACUCGAUUAAGGAAGGUCUACGUCUGUACUCCGCCUAUCGUCUCCUCUCGCAUUUCGUCGAGCUCAAGUUGGAUGAGUAUACAUCUCAAGAGAAAGCAGAGGUUAUGGAAGGGCUAGCCAUGGCGCUUUCACACACCGAUUUUGCAGAAACACUCAGUCGCACGGGAAUGUCAUAUACGAGAGGUCUCAAGAGUCUGGUGAAUGGCAGAGUUGCGCUCUGGGCUGAAUCUCUCAAAGCACCGGAGAUUUCAUCCCUUUUGAGCCCUGAUGCAGCUGCAUGGUGGGCGGAUGUGGCCAUUGAUUCUCGAAGAUGCAGAUAUGGGAUGAUAAGAGGGUAUGUUAGCCGCAUAUAUGCUGCAGCUAAUCUUGAAGAAGCAUUGAGUGCCUAUAAGCUGCUCUAUGGACUUUUGGGUGUUUCUGGACUCGACGAACUCCUUAUCGACAAAGCCAAAACUAAUUUUCCGGAUGAGGUUUCAGCACCAAAUCAAGCAACGGAAGAACUCGGGGAAGAAAAGAGUUCACUGGGUUUACCUGGUAUCUUCAGCGAUCUUGAGAUGGACGGAACGGCUUACCGAGCUGUGGGGGAGCUCUUUUUCCACUAUGGCCAUUACAAAGCGGCGGAUUUGAUGUGCGACAAGGCAUACGCCCUUUGCCACUCCGAUGACAAUAAUGUGGAGAAGUUCAAGAUAUCGGUUCUGCACUCCAAGGUUCUGUUGAAGCUACAUGACAAAGACAAGGCUUUCGAAACAAUUUUGGAGUGUGUCAAGGAUAUUGAAAUAAUCGAUGUGCCUACACCUUUAAAGCGUUUAGCUCUCUUGGCAAAGGCGGAAGUUGAAACAAAACUGAAGAUGUGGCAAGCGGCAGCCGAAUCCUACACCAAAGCAAAAGCGAUCGAUCCCACAGGGCUUACUACUGGAGAUGCCCUGGUUAAAGAAAUUGGGCUCUUCGAGAAGGUAGCCGAUUACGCUGGAUACUUUCGAACAUUGAAGAGUUGGAGUCCUAUUGAUAGGCUAACUUGGAUGGCAUGGAAUUAUUGCGAUGAGGGCUAUGAGCGACAUGACAGGCUUCGCUCUCUUGCAAUCAAGGAGGGAGAAGCUGAUUUUCUCAUUGAAGCCUAUAAAAAUGCCAUCCAAUUUCUUGAUCGACUGAACUCUGGAGCCCCAUUGCGUCUUGAGCUGGCGCUGACCUAUUUCAGGGCGACAGGGGACCUCGAGAAUGCUCGCAAAUCUUUAGACGAAAUAUUUAGCAGCACUUCUGGCGGAUAUCCGUAUUCCAUUACAGACGAACAACCACAAACAAUGCUCCAAAGGGUUGUUGAUGUCAUGUCUGACGUUUUGUACGAAAUUUUCCGCGGCUCUCGUGAUCCCAAGGUCAAAUUAGAGGCUCUUGAUGCACUUAAAGGCAUAAUGGAUAGGCCGCUCUCUUUAUCUGUGCCUAUCUACACAAGUCUAGACCUGGUUCAUCGUCGCAUCGUUAUUGCGUCAAUGUGUUUGAAGAUGGGUCAAGGAAGCGAGUUCCAAGAGCGACUCCAGAGUGUCCUCGAUGAUUGCUUCGCCGGUCUAAGCGAUAAAGUCUCUUGGAAUGAUGGCCAAAAUUUGGAAAAGCUGGGCCAUGCUCUUAUGCUGCUGAGCAAAUCUAUUCCUGAUGGGCAAGACAUUCAGCGAUAUGCGCGAAUUGUGAUUUCAGCCAUGUUUUCUAAGAUCACUACCGCUUCAGAUGAUGAAGACGAACUAGAGUCUGGAUCGGAUGAAUCAGAAGAUGAUGAUAAUAGCGACGAUGAAGAUGAUGCACUACCUGAAGGAGUGUCAGCACCGAAAGAUGAGGGAGACCUUGGUAAUCCCGACGUCGUUGUAUACAGCUGCGAUGGAGGCAUAUGCACCCCCGUAGCUGGGUACGCCUGGUGGGGAGAUUCUGUGGUACACUACUGCACAGAAUGUUCAACAACAUUGGUGUGUGAAAUCUGCUACAACGCCAGACAUUAUCCCGAGAAGGUAGGAUCGCCAAAUGUGAUGCACUUUUGCGAUAAGAGGCAUAACUAUAUCAAGUUGCCCGUGGAGGGUUGGCGAGGUAUCAAGGAUGGCAUUAUGAGGGUGGAUGGAGAAGUGCCAGUUAAGUUUGAAAGCUUUCUGAAUCGCUUGCAGAAUGAGAUUUGCAAAGAUGCCUGGGACCGGUUCUGGACUGGG